GUUUUCCUCUUGAAAUGCCCAAGGUGAAAAGGAGCAGAAAACCUCCUCCGGAUGGUUGGGAGUUGAUUGAACCAACUUUAGAUGAGCUGGAUCAGAAAAUGAGAGAAGCUGAGACUGAACCACACGAAGGGAAGAGGAAAGUGGAAUCCCUUUGGCCCAUUUUCAGAAUUCACCACCAGAAAACACGUUACAUUUUUGAUCUCUUUUAUAAGAGAAAAGCCAUCAGUAGAGAAUUGUACGAGUAUUGCAUCAGAGAAGGAUACGCUGACAAAAACCUGAUUGCGAAGUGGAAGAAGCAGGGCUACGAAAACCUCUGCUGCUUGCGUUGCAUCCAGACGCGGGACACGAACUUUGGCACCAACUGCAUCUGUCGGGUUCCCAAAAGCAAGCUGGAAGUGGGGAGAAUCAUUGAGUGCACUCACUGCGGCUGCCGAGGCUGCUCCGGAUGAAGCCUUUCCCCAGUCACCCCCCUCCCCCCCCAUUUGCGGGGCUGCUGACUCUGCAUCAGUGACUGUUCUUAAGAGCUACAAUUUGCCUUUCAUAAAACCCGACGGUGAGCG